UCGCGCGCUCAAGUCCGUCCGAGCCGCGGCGCAGUCAGUGCGCCUCGACUCGCUAGCAUGGAGCCGCAGCACGGCUCCGCGUUCUUGGUGCUCGCCGUGCUGACCCUAUGCUACCUGCUGCUCAGUUGUCUUCCAGAACCGCAAAUGCACCACCACACAAAGGGGGUGGUCGGUCAGAAAAGCAAGAGUGUGAACGUUGGACUCAAGGAACCAGAUUCGCUUGAUUUGGGCAACAUCGAGACAAAGAAACGACUGCUAGAAACUCUGAAAAACUCAUGCCUCCCAAAAUUGGUGUGCCAACUAUUGGCGAACAACGACCGGAAAUUAAGCCGCUCUGAACUGUCACUUCUCUCAAUAAUCAAGGACACAAGCCUUGGCAUGACUGCAGAAGUGACAUCAAAACUGCAUUUCGCUGCGCACAUGGGCCAGUUAGUUGCAGGGGUGGAUGGCACCGGCUGCCACAAUUUCUACCCCUCGUGCCCUCUCCCCGGCAAUGCUGUGAUGCCUUUUUUGCAGACGGUCAAACGGUCCUACAGCGGCAAGUUCUAAGCAAUCGAAGCACAACGGAAUUUUGCUCGCUGCACACUCAACAUUGCGUUGAGUGCUUAAAAUGUGAUAUUUCCGUAGUUUAUAAGUUUGGGUGCUUGAUUUGUACUAUACAGUAAGAUUUUAUUAUGUUUUUAACACGUUAAAGUUUGAAUGUGUUCAUCUUAAUCCCUCAAUAUUUUGUCAAAGCUUUCACUUUUCAUAGCAUAAUUUCAAUUCAUGCUAGCGACAUUUUGAUUAUUGCACAUAUAAAUUUUAAGUACUUUGUACUACAAGAAGAAUCCUGUGAUCUUACUAAAAUAACUUAAGCAAAAUAUUUUAUAGAACGUGUUUCACGAGGAAUCACAUGGAACCGCCAACGAAAAGUGUUACCAAGUUGUAAAUACCUUCAAAAUAAAUUCAGUAAUUAAAAAAUAAA